GAACAUUCAUUCAAAUUAAUUACAUUGAGAAUUUAAGCAAAAACUUAGAUGCUAAAGAGAUUGUCCAAUAUGAGGUAAUUUGUAACAGACUCAAUAGAUCAGUAGGAAAAACUGAUCCAAAAAAAUGUGGAAAAUCGGAAAGUGAAUGAGUAUUUAAGGACCAACUGGAGUAUAAGUGAUCAUAGUCAAGAGUGUGGUUACAAGACCAACGCAGUAUCAGAUACAUUUAACAAAGAAGAAGAAAAUUUGAUACAAUCUACCAUGAAGAAAAUAACACUAGUAGUUCUUGCACUCGUCGUGUUGGCAGUAUGUGUGCACGCAGCGCCCAGCGGAGGUAAAGGAGGUGACGGUGGCCACGGUGGCAAGGGAGGAGAUGACGGCAAGGGUGGCAAGGGUGGAGAUGACGGCAAAGGUGGCAAGGGCGGUGACAAGAAAGGCGGCGGUGGUGACAGCUCUGACAGCAGCAGCAGUGAGAGCAAAGAGGAUGGCGGCAAGGGUGGCAAAGGUGGAGAUGGAAAAGGAAAGGGUGGUGGCGGUGGUGGCAAGGGAAAUGAUGGCGGCAAGGGAAAUGAUGGUGGUAAAGGCAAAGACGAUGGAAAAGGCAAAGGAGGCAAAGACGAUGGUAAACAUGAUGGCAAGGAGUAUGGCAAGGGCUACGGGUGGAAACGAUAAAGUUAGAAACAUGGAUAUUGUUACCAGUAGUCAGUUUUAGCUUAGAAUGUGUAAUUAGAUUUAUUUAAAAAUGUUGUGUUUAGUUGUCUAAUAAAAAUGGCUUUAUUUAUUAAAA